CUUUCAUUUGCAAGUCGAAUCCAACACACUUAUCGUCGCGCCUGGUGAAAGUACGAAGUCUUCGACAUAUAUCAGUUGCAGCAAAGAGAAUAUUGAUGAGCCAUCAAUGUUGUUCCUAUCAAAAAUAUAACUUGUAACUCCUACGCCACAUCAUAGCUCAAUGGGUUUUGCUUAGUGGAAACGGCGGCAGGUACUAUAAUAGCGCCGAGGAGCGCCGAUGCAGGUCUGCCGCUGCUCCAUCUUUCUAUUGCCCCGCUGCUGGUGACAUGACAUCGACUUGCAAGCGCGACCCGACUGCUUGGAGGGGCAUCGUCGAUACUCGGAGCUUGAAAUUUCGCGUUCCCCCUUUAGUGUCCAUAAGCCCCUCCUACAAAAACGCCGCUUCAUUUUCUAUCCCUUUUACUCCAGCUGCCGCAGACACUCUUCACUUGCUGUCUCACUCGUUGUCUCACGAUGCCUGACGCCGUGCUCGACGACAUUUCGCACCGCCGCUUCAACCCAUUGACCGGGGCUUGGCUGCUGGUAUCACCACACCGGACCAAGAGGCCAUGGCAGGGCCAGAAAGAGGCGCCGUCCAACAGCAAGCUGCCGGACUACGACCCGAAGUGCUUUCUCUGUCCUGGGAACAAGAGAGCGCAAGGGGACUCGAACCCACAGUACAAGAACACAUUUGCCUUUGUCAAUGACUACAGCGCCGUCAAGGAGGAACAACAGGCAUACGAGCCGGCGGCUGCUAAUGAGGACGACGUUGCCUCGCUUCUGCUUCAGGCUCAGCCGGCUACAGGCCGGUGCUAUGUGCUCACCUUCGCAGCAAACCAUGCCACCACGCUCGCCGACAUGACGACCGAGGAGAUUGUCCCCGCCAUCCAAGCGUGGACGCGCAUCUACGCCAGUCAUAUGUCUACAUACCAUCCGCUCAAGGCGCAGGCUGCGCGCGCCCUGGAACAGAUCCCCGUGAACCCCGAUGCAGAGGUUGGGAAGCCGAAGCAACAGCUGCGCUAUAUGCAGAUCUUCGAGAACAAGGGUGCGGCCAUGGGCUGCUCCAACCCGCACCCUCACUGCCAAGUCUGGACGGUGAGCAACCUGCCCGAAGAGCCCGCCAAGGAGAUAGACCAGAUGAGCCAGUACCAUAGGAGCCACGGCCGGCAUCUUCUAGGAGACUACGCCAAACUUGAGAUGGAGAAAGAGGAGCGCGUCGUGUGGCAAAACGAGAGCUUUUUGAUUGUCUGCCCCUGGUGGGCUUUCUGGCCCUUCGAGGUUCUUGUUAUUGCGAAGCGACAUGUGCGCGCCCUCGUCGAUCUGACCGACGACGAGACCGUCAGGUUUGCAGAAGCUAUCCAGGAGAUCACGAGACGAUAUGACAACCUAUUCGAGACAAGCUUCCCUUAUAGCUCUGGGAUUCACCAAGCACCGCUGGACUGCGCCGAAGAGGAGGCUGAGACAAGCUGGUUCCAUAUGCACUUCUACCCCCCGCUUCUCCGGUCUGCCACUGUUCGGAAAUUCCAAGUCGGGUAUGAGCUGCUGGCCGAAUCCCAGCGCGACAUCACUCCCGAGCAGGCAGCCGCAAAGCUCAGGGCUUGCGGCGGAGAGUUAUACCGCAAGUCGCUGCAAUGAUUUAGGCCGAGUCUUCGUAUGUGUGUUUAGAUUCCUGCAAGAAGAAUAACUAUAUUAGGCAGUCCAUGGACCGUUU